AUGUUCGCUACAGAAUACGAAACUACUUCUUCUUCCUCUUUAAGUUCUCGUCGAAGUUCCACAACUACCUUGUCAGAUGCAUGUUUGUCAGAUGAGUUGGCGCUUAUAGAAUGUAUCGAAAUCAUCGAAGCUAAUGUUGAAGAUCCUAUUAUUAACAAGGCUAACGAAAAAGAGAAAAAAUGGUGGAUCGACGGAAAUUACAAAACUAUUGACGGAAAAAAACUCCCCCUGAUCCUUAUGGAAGAUGUAAGUUAUGAUGAGUUUGAAAAAAAAUGUGAGAGAGCGAACGCAUCGAAGUUCUGGGAGUAUCGAGAUGGGACAGUAAUAAUAAUCGAGCUACCAAUGAGGGAUCAUGAGGUUGCACAUGGAGAAUUCGCUGAUCAAUUUAAAGAAGCUUUUUAUAAUCUUCCUCGUCAAGAUCGAGUUAGAAAUAUUGGAACAACAACUUGUUAUGCUUCAGGACGCAAAGGACGCAAAGGAAGUAAGAAACAGUCGGAUGUUUCUUUUGUACCAAAAGGUCUGCCUAAUCCGGCUCAAUAUCCAAGUGAUCCAGAGGGCAAUCCCUGGCCAACUAUUAUUUGUGAGACUGCCAAUACCCAAAGUCUUCAAAGUAUUAUCCAAAAAACCACCCAAUUUUGGUUGGCCCCACAUCGGGUAGAAGACGUUAUUGUAUUAAAAUUGUGGCCUUGGAACUCAAUAAGUGAUCAAAAUAAAUCACCCUUACGCAGGCUUACAUGUUAUAGAUUCUGUCGUCGAACAAGCCCUAGGGAUGCACGUGGGAAUUUUCAACCAGUUCAUGCGAUUGAAUUCGGAACAAUUGAUUCAAAAAAUCAACCAUUUAAUGGAUGUUCUGCUCUGGGAAGGCGCACGUUGAGUAUUUCACCAGAUUGCAUUUAUAAGGGUUGUGAUCGUCAAAAUCCACCACUCUCGCCAUUCCCCCUUGCAAACGAUGUAGUUAUUGAUUUAUUUUAUAUUCAGCAGGAAAUAUUUGCAGUUAUGAAAAAAAGUUAG